UCAGAAUGGCAGACAUGGAAUCUCAAGGCAGUUACCAGAAAGCAACAAAAGCUCAGCAAGAUUUCACCUGGACUGUGAAAGCAAACGACCGGGCUUAUCACGAGCAAUUUCAGAAGAGGUUCGCCUGCUGUCUGAAAAAGAAAAAAUAUGCGGGCAACGCGAUCAAGACAGCCAAGUACAACGUCCUCACUUUCCUCCCUCUCAACUUGUACGAACAAUUUCACCGGGUGGCAAAUCUCUAUUUCUUGAGCAUCAUUUUAUUACAGAGCUUCCCGGAGAUUUCCACUUUGCCUUGGUUUGCCCUGCUUUUGCCAAUCAGCAUCCUCCUCGGCAUUCGGGGUAUCCGGGACUUAAUCGAUGACAUCGUACGGCACCAGAGUGAUGGGGAAAUCAACAGCCGGCCCUGUGAGAUUUUGACCGAGGGAAGAUUUCACAAGAAGAAAUGGCGGGAUAUACAUGUGGGCGACAUUGUUUGCCUCCGCAAGGACAGCUUUGUGCCAGCUGACCUGCUCUUGCUCUCCAGUUCAGAACCCAACAGCCUUUGCUACGUGGAAACGAUGGACAUCGAUGGAGAGACGAAUCUGAAGUACAGACAGGCCCUCCUGGUAACCCACCAAGAGCUAGCCAAUGUGGAGAACAUGGCGUCCUUCGACGGGAUAGUGACUUGCGAAGGGCCAAACAGCAGGCUGCAUCAUUUCAUUGGCACCUUGGAAUGGCAUGGCGAGACACACCCUGUGGACACCGAGCAGAUCUUGCUACGCGGCUGUAGGAUCCGGAAUACGGAGGUCUGCUACGGCCUGGUCAUCUAUGCGGGUGCUGAUUCCAAAAUAAUGAAAAACUGUGGAAAGAUCAGACUGAAGAAAACCAAGCUCAACCGUCUAAUGGAUCGCAUCAUAAUGCUGAUCUGUGUGGUGCUUCUGCUGACGUCGUUUGCCCUUGCAGUGGGCUCCGGAAUCUGGGCGACCAAGUUCCGCCAGGAGCACGGCUACCUCUUCGUCUUCUACGCCGACGGCAGCGCCGCCAAGUAUGCCUUCUACGCCUUCUGGGGCUUCGUCAUCCUCCUGGGUUUCGUGCUGCCCAUGGCCAUGCUCAUCACGUUUGAGUUCAUCUACCUGGUCAAUAGCUGUUUCAUUAACUGGGAUCUGGAAAUGUAUUACGCACCCAAAGAUACUCCUGCCAAGGCAAGGAGCACCAGUCUGAAUGACCAGCUAGGACAGAUCGAGUAUGUCUUCUCCGAUAAGACGGGCACCUUGACCCAAAACAUCAUGACUUUCAAGAAAUGUUGCAUCGACGGGACGAUAUACGGUAACGGUUCGAACAGCAGCAGCAACAGCAACCCGACGGAAGCCCUCUUAAGUUGGAACAAAUAUUGGGAUGCAAAGCUGGAAUUUUACGACCCUUUGCUGACCAGUGCCAUCCGGCGGGACGACAACCCCAUCCUGAGAGAAUUCCUGCGUUUGCUGGCCCUCUGCCACACCGUCAUGGUGGAGGAGAAAGAGAAUCAGCUGAUUUACCAAGCUGCAUCUCCGGAUGAAGAAGCUCUUGUGACGGCAGCCAGGAACCUGGGAUAUGUCUUUCUUUCCCGGACUCAGGAUACCAUCACCAUCAGCGAACUGGGCAAGGAGAGGACCUAUAAAGUCUUAGCCCUUCUGGAUUUCAACAGCGUGCGCAAACGGAUGUCUGUUCUGGUCCGAGAUCCUGAGGGACGUAUCAGGCUCUACACCAAAGGAGCAGACACGGUGAUCCUGGAGAGACUUCACAGUGACCAUUCCUCCGAGGCCUACACAGUCAAGGCUCUGAAUAGUUUUGCAGAGGAAACCCUCCGGACCUUGUGUCUGGCUACCAAAGAGGUGGAGGAGGAGGAGUACGCCCAGUGGAGCCAGAAGCACCGCUCUGCUACCGUCUUGCUCCAGAAUCGUGCCCAAGAAUUGGACAAAGUCUACGAGGAGAUCGAACGGGAUCUCCAGCUCCUUGGGGCCACAGCCAUCGAAGACAAGCUCCAAGAGGGAGUCCCGGAGACCAUCCACCUACUCAAAAGGGGGGGCAUGAAAGUGUGGGUGUUGACCGGAGACAAGCAAGAGACGGCGGUGAAUAUAGGCUUUGCGAGCCACCUCCUGUCGGACGACAUGACCAUCCUGGGGGAGACCGAGAUCUGUGAAAUCCUCAAAUCUUCUAGCAAUAACAUCAGCAGUUUGACCAGCAGUGGGGAAGCCUUGUUUGGCUGUGACUCGCCCCUGAAUUUCAAGGCAUCCUUCGCUUGUGACAAGACAGCUUUGGUGGUCUCCGGUGACUUCUUAGACAAAAUCCUUCAUGCUGCAGGGGACGAGCAGGGGAAGAAGAAGCAAAGCGCUUGGGAACGGUUUUGUGGCUGCCGGGCGAAGGCCAACGUGGACGACAGGAACGCGGUGGAAGAAGCCUUUGUGGAACUCGCCACGGCCUGCCAGGCUGUCAUCUGCUGCCGAGUGACGCCCAAGCAGAAGGCCCUCGUUGUCCAGAUGGUCAAGAGACACAAGAAUGCCAUUGCUCUGGCCAUCGGGGAUGGGGCCAACGAUGUCAACAUGAUAAAAACCGCCGACAUCGGGGUGGGGAUCAGCGGGCAAGAAGGCAUGCAGGCGGUCCAAUGCAGCGACUACGCCCUGGCGCAGUUCCGCUACCUGCAACGGCUCCUCUUCGUCCACGGCAGAUGGUCUUACCUGCGGGUUUGCAAGUUCCUCCGCUAUUUCUUCUACAAGACGUUUGCUGGCAUGAUGGUGCAGAUCUGGUUUGCUUUCUAUACUGGCUUCACUGCCCAGCCGCUGUUGGAAGGCUGGUUCCUGGCUUUUUAUAACGUCUUCUACACUUCUUACCCGGUGCUCUGCAUGGGGAUGCUUGAACAGGAUGUGAGCGCCAAGAAAAGCUUGAAGUUCCCUGAGCUUUACAAGGCAGGUCAGAAAGACCUGCUCUUCAACUUCCGGACCUUCGGCCUUUCCUUCAUCCAGGGCUCUUUUGCUUCCCUGGUCAACUUCUACAUCGCACUCUGGGCCUGCGAAGACAAAGCCGGCACCAGGAUCAUUGGGGAUUACCAGUCCUUUGCCAUGAUCAUAGCAACCUCGGCAAUAUUGACCGUCACGGUGGAGAUCAUUCUGGAAGUCAAAUUCUGGACCGUCUUCUCCGUCUUGGCCGUCGCCCUCAGCGUAGUUCUCUACUGCUUUUUUUCCUACCUCACUCAGAGUCCCCAGGCUUACCAAACGGCUCCCCUGGUGUUCCAGUUCCCUGAUGCCUCUAAGAAUGCACUGACGGACCCAUUGGCUUUGCUUGUCGUCUUGCUUUCCGUCACCGUCAACACCAUCCCCUCCCUUGCCGCCCGCUUUCUACGCAGCAUGACCGUCUCGAGAACCAUGAUGGAGGUGGUUCAAGCCAGAGACCUGAAGACGAAGCCGAGCACGGUGGAGCUGACGUCUCACUUCCGGAGAGAUUCCCCCUGGAGGCGCUCCGGUUACGCCUUCUCCCACAAGGAAGGUUACGCCGACCUCAUCUCCAAGGGCGCCAGCUUGCGCCUCAAAGGCCCCCAAGUCCUCAGCGAACUCAACGGCUUUCACCACGCCCUGCCGCCCGGCAAAGAAGGCUCUACCACCGCCGAGGACGCUGCCUCCGAUCACGAUGUUACUGCACCACUGAAGUUCCUGCCCUGUUGA